CUCGAAGAGUGUGACUACACGGCCCGAGAAACUCCACGCCUCUCUCUCUCUCUCUCUCUCUCUCUCUCUCUCUCUUCGUCGUCCCCUUCCCCAUCAUCUUCGUCAUCUCCGGCGACGGCGAUGAGCCACUCAGCCGCGUGGCGCGGUCCGGUUCUCCUCGGCGUUCCCCGCACAAGCGGGGCGGGAGCCAUCGCCUCCCGCGCACGUGCGAGUGGGCUCGCUUCCUCUUCGUCGCCGCGUGGGUGGAGUGCCAUGUCUUCGGCUUCCAGAGAAUCGUCCAUGGUUGCAAGAAAUUGCUGCCGGGGAUCGUUCUCUGAAUAUUCGAGGAGAUAUUCGGGCCAUUUUUCGAUCUUUUGUAGACCUCCAUUAGGGCCCUUCUGCGGUGUUACUUUGAAUAGAUUUGGGGCGGAUAGAUUUGCCCGAUAUGCAUCAGAUGGCGAAACACCAAUUCCGUCAUUUACAUGGCCGGAUAAGCAGAGACCACGUGUUUGCAUUUUAGGCGGUGGGUUUGGAGGCUUAUAUACUGCUCUAAGGUUGGAAUCUCUAGUAUGGCCUGAUGAUAAAAAGCCUCAGGUAGUUCUUGUGGAUCAGUCUGAUCGAUUUGUCUUCAAGCCUAUGCUGUAUGAACUGCUUUCAGGAGAAGUAGAUGCUUGGGAAAUUGCUCCUUCAUUCACUGAAUUAUUGAGGAACACCAGUAUUCAGUUUGUCAGAGACAGAGUGAAGCUUUUACGCCCCUCUGACCAUCUAAAUCAUAUAGGGAUGAAAGAAAGCAGGAGUUCAUGCUCUGGAGGAACCGUAUAUCUUGAAAGUGGAAACGUCAUUGAAUAUGAUUGGCUGGUUCUAGCUUUAGGAGCUGAAGCUAAGCUUGAUGUUGUUCCAGGAUCUGCUGAAUAUGCCUUUCCAUUCUCAACCUUAGAAGAUGCUUGUAAAGUUGAUACGAAGUUAAGAAAAUUGGAAAGAUGGAGGUUUGGCAAGAGUUCAUCUCCGAUACGUGUGGCUAUUGUAGGAUGCGGUUAUUCAGGAGUUGAGUUAGCUGCUACUGUCUCUGAAAGGCUACGAGAUAAUGGGAUAGUUCAGGCAAUCAAUGUUGAAACUACCAUCUGUCCUAAUGCUCCUCCUGGCAACAGGGAAGCUGCUCUGAAAGUUCUUCAAUCUCGAAACAUAAAACUUUUCUUGGGAUAUUUUGUUAGCUGCAUUAAGGAGGUUUCAACUAGUGAUGAUUCAGAUACAAUUUUACCAAAUGGAGAAGAAAUUGGUGCUGUACCAGAGAAUUGCCCGAAGAAAUACAUUUUAGAACUUCAACCUGCCCAGAGGGGACUUCAAAGUCAGCUCUUGGAGGCAGAUUUAAUACUAUGGACAGUGGGCUCCAAAUCUCUGAUUCCUCAGAUAGAACCUCCUGAGCAGCCCAAUGUAAUCCCGCUGAAUGGUAGGGGCCAAGCAGAGACGGAUGAAACCCUUCGUGUGAAAGGUCAUCCACGGAUAUUUGCUAUUGGUGACUCAGCUGCUUUAAGAGAUUCUUCUGGGAAGUUGCUACCUGCGACUGCGCAAGUUGCUUUUCAGCAAGCCGAUUUUGCUGGUUGGAAUAUUUGGGCGGCGAUUAAUGAGCGGCCUCUCUUACCUUUCAGGUUCCAAAAUCUGGGUGAGAUGAUGACUCUUGGGAGGAACGAUGCGGCAAUAACCCCUAGUUUCAUCGAGGGUUUGACCUUGGAGGGUCCUGUCGGACAUGCCGUAAGGAAGUUUGCAUACCUGCUAAGGUUGCCGACAGAUGAACAUCGACUGAAGGUUGGGGUCAGUUGGUUUACAAAAUCUGCCAUAGAUUCUGUUGCCUCCCUACAGAACACCAUAGCAAAUGUUGUCACAGGUUCAUAAAUCCGUAAUUGGUUUAAAACUUUUUGCAUUGUUAAUCAUUCAAGGCCAAAACUGAAUGUGUUAGUAAGUGAUAAUUAUCUUAUUCGUGAUGAGUUAUUCAGAGAGUUUUUCUUUAUUUGUAAAGAAACUAAUUUCUUUAAUUCCAACACAUGAAAAAUGCGAUAAAAAUUAAAAAUA